GGAUAAUGCAUCUGUGCUGAGCGUGUUCAUCUCUUCAGGUGCAUCAAGGACAAGAAAAAUGUCCAGUUUAAUUUCCACCGGUACGCCAGUCACCAUCAUGGGCACGAAUGAUUACUUUAAGAAAAGGAACUCCCUUACCACCACCGGCAGCCACAGCAAAAGCAACAGAAGCGGUGGCUCCAAAACCUUCACCACCACCGUCAGAAGUAAUAAUCGCGGCACCAGCAGAGAAAGCAGCAGAAGCCACCGGAGCAACAGUAGGCAGGCCCCACUCAGAGGAAGUGCCCUACUCAGCCGCCAGGACACUGGCUCGGCCGUAGCAGAAUCGACCCUCAACUUCGCCGGGAUGUCCAAGAGGAGGAAAAUUGUUUACGGCUGGUUUAAUUUCAUCUUUUUAUGCUGGAUAAUGCUGCUCAGCGAGCAGUUCGUUAGCGUGUCAAGCCUUAAGGAUUUGAAAAUUUUCGUUCCCGAUGCAGUCAUUGUGGGUAACGCAGCCACUCUUUCAUGUCAGUUUGAACUGGAAAAGGCUUCCCUCUAUUCCGUUCGGUGGUACUUCGAAGGGGAAGAGUUCUACCGAUACGUCCCGAAAGAAUCUCCUCCGGCAAGAACUUUCCCGGUCUCUGGAAUAACGGUUGAUGGAUCCCAAUCGGAUGCCACUUCGGUGACACUGCGAGGCCUGACCCGGGAUCUGACCGGCCAAUUCCAGUGUGAGGUUUCGGAGGAUGCGCCGCUCUUCCACACCGACAUUCGCACCGCCCGGAUGCAGGUGGUCGAACUGCCCAAGGAAGAACCGCAGAUUCAGCUGGACAAAACGCACAUCACGACGCUGGACAACUUCCGGGCAAUCUGCACCGUCGGGACGUCGUUUCCGUCGGCCAACAUCACCUGGUACAUCAAUGCUAAAAAGAUCCACCGCUCCCCGUAUCAGCGAAUUACGUACCGCUCCUAUGAAGGCACACCGACUUACUCAUCCUUGGACAUGUAUCCGCACAGCCAGGUCCUGCAGGACAUCUACCAGACGAUGCCCCCAUUCCAGACCAGCCUGACGGUGAUGUGCGAAAUCUCGAUCCUGCACAUCUACACCAAGAGCGCCUCGCAGACGCUGGUGGUGAGCGAUCUGGUCACUACAAUUUCCCCUAAUUUGCUCGGCCUGGACGGUUCCAACAAUCGGCGGAAAGCGAACGGAGAUCCGGACAAUUCGGCGCUUACCGGUCCUGGAAGUGGUGCCCGGAUGUUGAUGGCAUCUGGCAUCUGGAGCAGCGUCGCGAUGACUCUUCUACUUCUGGUGAGUUCACUUGGCGCCAGGAUAAUGCAACACUUGUGAUCGGCUCGUUCGAAAUUGUAAAUAAUCUUCAGUGGAAUAAAAGAAGAGACAACAACGGCUCCCAGUUAAUGAAUACUGCGACGAAGUAAUAGUAAACGAGCUAAUCUCAUACAGCUUAAAAUCAGAAAAUAAUAAUAAUAUAUUUAUACAUAGGAAAAACUGAAAAAAAAACGUAAAACUGCUGUUGAAAUGUACAUGUAAAUUAUAUGUAUUUGAGCUUUUUACUACAUGGUUUUGAUCCAAUCGAUGCUUAGCCGGAUGAAUCAAAAGUUUGAAAAAAAAACGAAAAUCAUUGAUCAGUGGAAAAUGGAAAAUUAGUUUUGAAAUUUAACAUCUCGAAUGCAGGAGAGGAAUCCCGAUGCAAAAGAUAAAUUGACAAACACAAUCUAGAACAGGAAUUUUGCUUAAACGUGUCGAGUGAAAAAUUCUUAUGAACAAGCUUUUUGAAUCAAGUCAUUAUUUAAAAUGAAGUUUCCUUAAUUACGCUCUUAAAGCUUAAAUUUUAGUUUUCCAACAUUGGACCACAAGUUUUAUUUUAUAAUUUAUUAUAUUUUGAGAAAAAGUUAAAAAUCUAAAACUGACUUGAGGAAAAUUAAUAUUAUAGACUGUUCCAAAAAUUAAAAAUUCACUUCUUUGUUUAAUCAAUGAAACAGUUUUUUUAAAAGAACAUGCUUAUCUCAAACAAACUAUAAAUAGUGUUUUGUUUCAAUUUCUUAUUAAUUUAGCAUAUUUUUUGUAGUAUAGGCAAGUUCUCUUACUUUUCUCUCAACACUAUUCAUCAGCUUCUAAUUUUUCAACACUGUCCUCUGGUUUUAUAUAUUUCCUCAGAUUUACCUUCGUCAUUGCCGCCAUUGUUCCGACGCUCACACCUUCUUUCUUGACUAGUUUUCUGAUUAAAAGACCACUCACAGUGCCUAAUUUGUGCACAAUCCGUUUUCUUUGCUCGGGAGUAAUUUUUAGAUUUCUUCGCGAAAAACUACAAAAAAAUCACAACGCCUACUUCACUUGGAUGUAAACAACAGUAGGUACGCAGCCAAAAUUUGGUUUUUGAAUAGACAAUUGUUUUACAGUGUACUUAUAAUCAUCGAAACAGUCUAUAAUUGUUCGCAAACAUUACAAGAAACUAAGCUUCCUAAAUCGGUUGAGUAAAUCAGAAUGGCUUUUCAUUUUUAAAAUUUUUUCAUACCUUCUUGCCUUUCGAAUUUUUUCAUCUUGAAACAUACAUAUAUGUUCUCUUACUAUUCUUCUCAACAAACUAUAUGAACAAAAAGGAGCUUUUCCGUUUGGUUCUCCUACAUAAUUGCUGCAUGAAUUCAUAUCUUCGAUUGUUUGCUUAAGUGGCAUGUAAUGCCCUGAUUCACCCUCGAUAAAAACAAUUACAGUGCUGCUAGAAAUAAUCAUGGUUUUGUUACAACUUAAUUCAUUAAGAAUAAAUAUUUUUUUACUAUCAAAAAAUUUGGGCCGGGGGUCUUCAGAUUUUCCCUAUUUUGCGAUUCAGAAACCCAGCUGGUUUUUUAGGAUCUAUUACUUCAACGAGAAGUGUUCCUGAGUGCAGUUGAAUGGUUCAAAAAUAUACUUUUUAUUUUAUUUACCAUGUAACUUCCAUUGUUUAUUUCAAUCUGUGAAAAAAAAUUGAGAAAUUAUGAAAUUUUCGAAAAUUUAAAUUCAAUAUUGAAUUGAAAACAGAUCAAUGAUAAAUUUUGUAAAAUGUAACAUAGUAAACAAAAAUAAACUGAAAGUUGAAUGUAAAAUUACUUCACUAACAAAAAAGUGAAACGCAAGAGAAUCCUACAUAACCAAAUUUGAUUGAUUGUGUAAAGAAAUAAGAUAGCCAACAAACAAUCGAAAAAAAAAACAAAAAAAAAAAACAAA